CCCAGUGGGUCCUUGCAGCAAACUUGAAGCGGUUCAUCAGAUACGUGGAAAUGCUUCAUUAAAGAUGAAGCCCAUUCUACCGUGACAUGUCGGUCCUGAAAUACAACAAAUGCCCACAUCCUCUCAUUGGCAAUGGACAACUGCAAGAGAGAAAUGGAGACAACAACAGCUUUCAACAGCUUUACAAGCAAAGACUAUGAACAGACUUCGGAAUAAAUAUAGCCCAUGACCUGACCGAUGAGUGAACCAGGCUGUGGUUACAGUACAGACAAUCUACUUGUUUCUUAUCAGCUGUUGCGUUGUCGGAGUAACGUCAUUUCUUCCUGUAUUACUAUAUUGUGUUCAGCCCCGCUGUAUCUCGGUCAAAGUUACAAGAGGAAGGCUUUAAAAGAGGGAGUCCUUUUGUCCAGCGUCACUAUUACCGGUAGUAUCGCAGUCCACUCCGAGGCGACCAUGAAGUCAAAUGAAAAGCAAACUUUUUUCUUUUUAGUGACUUUUUGUGUUUUAUUUCUGGGUCUCGGUGCAGACCCACAAGCACCUGAGGUCCACACAAAGCUCGGGAGCCUGAGAGGUGAGUAUGUGAGUGUAAAGGGGAAGGAGACUGGAGUCCAUGCUUUCCUGGGAGUGCCAUUUGCAAAGCCACCCCUUGGCGCUUCCCUGCGACUGGCCGCACCUCAGCCUGUAGAAGCAUGGGAGGGAGUAAGAAAAGCUACCCGACAACCGCCCAUGUGCAUUCAGAAUAGAAAAGUUAUGGUGGAUCUGGUUGAUAACGUGGAAUUCUUGGUGGAUGACCUGCCAGACGUUUCAGAAGACUGUCUCUACCUCAACAUCUACACGCCUGCAAAUAGAGCGCAUGAUGCCAAACUCCCAGUCAUGGUGUGGAUCCAUGGUGGGGGCUUCAUUUUGGGCUCAGCUUCUGUGUAUGAUGGCUCUGCCCUGGCUGCUUACCAGGAUGUGGUUGUGGUUCUGGUCCAGUAUCGCUUGGGACUUCUGGGUUUUCUCAGCACUGCAGAUGAACAUGUGCCAGGGAACUUUGGCCUGUUGGACCAGGUAGAAGCUCUGAGGUGGGUCCAGCAGCACAUUCACAACUUUGGAGGAGACCCAGAUUUAGUUACCAUAUUUGGAGAGUCUGCUGGUGGAGUGAGCGUAUCCCUCUUGCUUCUUUCUCCAUUGUCCAAUGGCCUGUUCCACCAUGCCAUUGCAGAGAGUGGCACAGCUUCAAUGGACAUACUUAUAGAUGAAAAUCCUCUUCCGGCAACGCAGAUGGUCGCAAAUUCAUCUGACUGUAGCCUCGAGAGCACAAAGAGCAUUGCUGGUUGCAUGAAAAACCUUGAUAUUGAAACUAUAGUUGCAGUUGGGCAGGAUGAAAGAGCGAGAUUUCCCUUAACUGUUGAUGGACACUUCCUGAAAAAAUCUGUGGCCGAGUUGUUCAGUAAACACGAACUCCUCACUGUACCGUUCAUGACUGGCGUCAAUAGUGAUGAAGGAGGGUGGCUACUUGCUAAUGCCUUUGGUGGUUCAAACUGGACAGAAGGAGUAGAUCGGGAACACAUUACAAACAUGUUGUCAAUAAUCUACCCGGAUCCUAAAGAUGCCAUCAUGAGGGACAUGAUAGCAGACGAGUAUGUUGGAAAUGGUGACGAUCGUGUGAAAAAUAGAGAGGGGUUCACUGAGUUAAUUGGAGAUUUAUUCUUUAACAUUCCAGCCGUUAAAGCGGCUAAUGCACACAGAGAUGCAGGUGCGGCUGUAUACCUGUACCAGUAUCAGUAUACUCUCAAUGUACUGCAGAAGAAAAGGCCCAACUUUGUUGGGAGUGACCAUGGAGACGAAAUCUUGGCGGUGUUGGGAUUGUGCUUCACAACUACCCAUGUCAAAUUGCCUGAGCCAUGCCUUGAAGAAGAGGAACAGUUUAGCAGAGCCCUGAUGAGCUACUGGGGAAAUUUUGCACGCAAAGGAUCUCCUAAUGGGAACGGACUAGUCCAUUGGCCAAAGUAUGGGGCAGAAGAGAAGUACCUGGCAAUCGAUUUAAAGGCGCAAGUUGUUGGUCAGCACCUGAGGAAGGAGAAGUUUGUCUUUCUGACUCAGACAGUCCCAGAGAAAACAAAACAGUUAAAGGAGGAUGUGGAUCACUCCGAGCUGUAGACCAGGCACACCCAUCACAAUUGAUUUACAGAAAGUCUACAACCAGUGUUUUUUAAACACAUUAGAUAUAAAAUGUUUUAAAAAAACAAUGAUCACUAUGAGAGCUGAUGAUUUUCAUGACACUAAUUCUUUAUUAAUCACAGGUUUUCUGAAAUGGAGAAUGGUUAAAUCUGCACCAAUUAGAGUGUUUUUUUGCAUACUUCAGGAGGAAAAUGGUAAAAAAUAAACUAAAAAAAAAUGAUUCGAUGAUUUUCAUUUCAUCACAGGUUUUCUGAAAGUUUAUGUUUACGAAUGAAAAUUAUUAAAUGUGCAAAAAGCUCUUUGAAAAUAUAUGAAAGAAAAUUCCUAAAUUUCUAUGUGGAAACACAAUUUUCUUGUACUAUGAGUUUUAUAAAUGUUCACAUAUGCAAAUUAGGUAUCAUCUAAUUAAGUUGUAGUUUACAGAUAUUUCCCAUAGACAAAAUCUAGUAAAAUUAGCACAAGACUUGUAGACUUAUAGAGAGACAUGUUGUAGGAAUUUUGUGGCAGAUUAGUCAACUUUACUUGUCAACUUUACGUCAUGCGAGGAUGACGUAAUGCGUGUCGCCGAUCACGUGACAAUAACAACACGCACGAUGGAACGAAUAUUCACCAAUUCACCUGAUUUAGACGCUAUUGACUGUGUCGAUGUAGGCUGAACAUACCUGCAGCGAACAGCAUAACAGUAUAGUAGACUAUAACAUGAGUAACUAAAGCUAUCGAUAAGUCAAAAUGUUCAGUUCUGUAGUGCUAUCAUAAGAUAAGAAAUAUCUAUGUCUACAGUCCUGUGUGUAUGCAGAUUCUGGGUCCACCUUUCGACAGGUCCAGAUGCUGAACUUAAGAUGAAAGUAGUUUUUGUUGUGUGAAGUUACAAAUUUUAUUUCAUUAUAAUUAAAAUUCCACUGUGACACUGAAGUCCUGUGUAAUGAUGUGAUUCACAAACAACCCACUGGAAAGAAAAAAUAAAGAUGUGACAAAGA